AUGUCCAAAUUCGUCAUUCCUACUGCAUUAAAGGAAUUAAGAUUCCAUUUAUCCCAAACUGGAGAAGCUUCAAUUCCAUUACGUAAUUUCUUAACCAAGAAUUAUUCUAGUAUAAAACAACAACUGAAUAAUCAAUUACCAGUAUUAAUUAGAGAAAGUUAUGGGAUUCCACCUAGUUUAACUGCUAGAUUUGAGAAGGGGAGGGAAGUCAAGAAUAGCUUGGAAGGAUUGGACGAAGCUGGGGUUGCUAAAGCUGUUCAAGAUAUUUUGAAGGGAUAA